GUGACCCUCAUUGUUCCCUGCAGAAUUCUUCAGCGACCCGUUCUCUGCGCGUGGUGUAAUAAGUUAACUUCCUUGCAUUCAUCCCAACUCACACUAUAAAAGGCCGCUCCUUGGGUACCACACAUUCGUUGUCUCUUCCGAUAACUGAGGAAACGAGGAAGAUAGACAUCUAGACCCUCCUCAGCACAGUUUUCACCUCGAUUGACCCUUCGUGGUUUGCUAUGGGCAUGCCAUCAUCGUCCUCUCCGCCGACCAUCCGCAUCCUGCAAGGUAUCUCUGAAAUCCACUGCGAUCCCGAUGACUUUGUUCAGUCGCCCGAUGGCGACGACGCCUGCCACGACAGCCCAGACAUGCGUCAACCAGAUCCAACCGCCCUGUCCGCCGGCUCGCGCUCUACUACUCCCGGCCCAUCUCCCAACUCGCCCAGGCUAAGGAUUGCCAUCGACCUCGCGACGCCCCUGCACUCCCCCGAACCUACUACCACCUUCGCGGACGCCACGCUCCUUUCCCCACCCAUCGACAUCGCUACCCCGCAACCUACACAGCCGCAGCUGCAGACCAACGCGCGGAAAGGAAAACACGUACGUCGUCCGUCGUCCGCCCCUCCAAGCACGACGACGUUUCCGAAGGAUCAGGUCCAGCGCGACCGGACGUCGCCCGUCCCGCCCAGCCCGACGCUAGCAAGGCGCAAUUCGGCUAUCAUACCUCGCGUACAGACGAUAGGCACGAGCUUGGGAGGCGAACUCCUUCCGCCCCCUCCGCCUCUCUGUGUGCCGUCCGACCACUUUCUGGCGAAAUACCCGUCGAUCAGGGGUAACAUCGGCGUCCUAUUCUCCCUCGACGCACCUUAUCCGCCGAGAGCAGAGUCGGCAUCGUCGUCCUUCCUCCUCAACACACCAUCCCAACUGGUAUAUAAAAACCCUCCACAUCUCGCUACGAUGCAACGCCGAAAGACGUUGAUCGUCCCGAUGGGCUCCGUCUUGCUUGCCUCUGCCCCGGCUUUCGGCAUGCCGCCCUAUCCCCUCAUGCUGGACCAGCGCCGCUCUAUCAAUGCACGCCAAUUCGGCGUUACCACGGCGAGCUUCAACUGGUGGCCAUAUCCCGUCUGGGGUGCCACCACAACACCGGUCGCACCCGCCCCAGCUAUGAUUACGGAUGCAGCCCCCGUCUUGUCAAGCCUUAUCGUCUAUAGUACGGACACGAUUAAUCCGAUACCAGGCCUUCCGGUGCCUCUCACUGCUGGCGUCGGCGUUGCCACGCUCGCGGUGAUCUCCACCUCGACGGAUCCCACUCCGUCCACGACGGCCGAUCCUGCCACUUCCACCAGUAACGUUAUCACGACUCCCCUAUCUGCGAACACUUCCGUAAUUUCUACUGCGACGCCGUCGCCGGCCUUCUCUUCAUCGUCUGCGCCUACUAUCAUCUCCAUCACGGCGAUUCCGCCCGCAUCCAGCGACCCAGCUCACCCCGCGCAGGUUAAUGCUGCUGUGACAUCCGGCUGGAAACCCGUAUACACGAUUGUCGUCAUCGUUGGCAUCGGCGUCAUCCUCGGCGUCAUCCUGACCAUGUGCUGGGUGAGAUGGCGCAGGCGAAGAGACGAUACGCUGGGAGGGCCUCAGUACGCCCCCGCAGAGGGCGACGAUCACGACGCCGAUCUUGAACACGGCGUCGAUGAAGCGCGUAUAGGCCGCGAUGGUGAAGAGAGGGAGAAGCUCUACGACGAGGGAGCGGAUCAACAAGACCGAGCCCGUGACGGGUCCGUUGGGAGCAAGGCGAGCUUCACAGGGCGGUGGCUCGCUGGCACGAUCAGUUCGUUCAAGCAAGCGCGAAGGGGAUAUGUUGAACAUAGGGAUGACCUGGAUGAAGUCUCGUGGGGAGGAGACUACCGCGGAACAGCGUCGGCGGCACCUAACGGGUCUUCGAUCGGAGGGGACUUCGCUAGCUCGACGAGUCUAGAGGCCCUUGGUACGCUCAGCAGGGGACGCACGGCAUCUACCAUGCGGAAGACGAGCUCGUCGAGGAGAGCGCACGCCCGUCAGCUGUCGGACGUGUUCCUCGAUGCCCCCGUCGCGAAGCCGGCGAGGAGUUAUCAGUCACGCACCGGCGAGGACGUCUUGUCGGAUAUGGAUGAGAGAUCGACUGACGGCUUUCGCAUGAUGAAGGAGGAUCCGGAGACGGGUGCCUUGCUGAGUAGGACAUCCACGACCGUUACCAGGGCCGCUCCCGCCGAGCCCGGAGACGAUGUUGUCACCGGCGGGGCAGGGCUGGGAUGGAAUCUCGUGAACUGGGCGUCCGGACGUGGCGAGCAGGAGGACAAGUUUUCGCCGUUGCCCGUGAGGAAGGCAAGGUCUCGCGAGCGGGACGCGGUGCUGAGCCGCGAGUCCACGGUCGUGAGCCGCUAUUCCGAAGCCACGCAAGGGUCUGGCAACGAGCCGCAGGCCGCGGGUGCCCACAGUGACAAGACGCCUACGAAUUCCCCCAGCAAGAAGCAACGUAGGGCUCCCGCACCGGCCAAACGCCCGACGGGACUGUCGCGCGUGGAUUCGACGGUCCUGCCUCUCAGCCCGAGACAGAUUUCGAGCCCGCAGAUGGAGGACGCGCUGUCCUUUGGCGGGCAUGGGCCGGUAUCGCCGAGCAAGCAUAGGAAGGUGACGCCCGCACCCGCCCCAACCAAGCCCAAGCCGAAGGGCAACAGGCUACACUCGCCCAAGACGCCAUCGCUGCCGAUGCCUGCCUCGCCCGACUUCCACGCGCGGCUCACCAAGCCGAGCAGGAGCGGCAUACAGCUCAAGUCGGUUGCGGCGAGGAGGGACGAGGACGACGAUGCGUGCUCGACCACGUCGUCCGUGCAGAGGAAGGUUGUGCACGAGAAGGUGCAGGCGAUUCUGGGCAAGAGCUGGAGCACGCGUGCGAUACCGCUUAGCCCGACGAUGUACGGCGCUCACCCCGAGGCACAGUCAAGGCCGGCGAUGGUUCGCGAGGCGAGCAGUAGCCAAGCCAGCGAUGCGUCCGGCGAGAAUGAACAGCUGGCCGGGCUGGGCAUAGAGCAGAGGUUGGAGGCUAUGGAGAAGAGGCAGAAGAGGGCAGGCGCUUAGGAUAUUCUGCCCGUGAUUCCGCUACUUUUAUCAUUACUAUGACAUUCAGUUGUGUGUUGUAUUCUGCACGACAUGUCUCGAACGGCAAUGAG